AUGUCCAAGACCAAGUCCGUUACCAAGAAGGGCUCUGAGAAGCCGGUUGACAAGACCCUUAGCAAGGUCAAGUCUGCUGGUGUGACCAAGUCCUCCCAGUCCCCCAAGGCCAAGAGCAAGCAGAUUGCUCGUGAGGUUGCCUCCAAGGAGAAGAAGGACAAGAAGAAGAAGAAGGAGCCUACUCCCAGCGAGUCUUCCGAGUCCGAGUCCGACAGCGACGAGGAGAUGGCCUCCGACUCCAGCUCCAGCAGCGAGAGUGAGGACGAGAAGCCCGCCAAGAAGACCGAGAAGAAGGGCAAGAAGGUUGAGUCCGAGUCCGAGUCUUCCGAGUCCGAGUCUUCCGAGUCCGAGUCUGAGUCUUCCGACUCGGACAGCGAUGAGGAGAUGAACGACGCCUCUAGCAGCGAGAGCGAGGAGGAGAAGCCUGCCAAGAAGACCAAGGAGGAGCCCAAGAAGGCUGCUAAGAAGGCUGAGUCCAGCGACUCUGAGUCUGAGUCUUCCGACUCUGACUCCGAGUCCGAGGAUGAGAAGCCUGCUAAGAAGGAGACCAAGAAGGCCGAGUCCGAGUCCAAGUCUUCUGACUCUGACUCCGACUCUGAGUCUGAGGAGGAGGCCCCCAAGAAGGCCGCCAAGAAGGAGUCCAGCGAGAGCGACUCUGACUCCGACUCUGACUCUGACUCUGAGAGCGAGGAGGAGACCAAGGAGAAGAAGGCCGAGAAGGAGUCUUCUGACUCUUCUGACUCUGACUCCGACUCUUCCGACUCCGACUCUGACUCCGAGUCUGAGGAGAGCGAGAAGCCCUCCAAGAAGCGUAAGGCUGAGGAGGAGACCUCCGCUACCCCCAAGAAGUCCAAGACUGAGGACCCUGCUCCUGGUGCUUCCGCCAACCUGUUCGUCGGCAACCUGUCCUGGAACGUCGAUGAGGCCUGGCUCCAGUCCGAGUUCGAGAGCUUCGGUGAGCUCUCCGGUGUUCGUAUCAUGACUGAGCGUGACACUGGCCGCUCUCGUGGUUUCGGUUACGUUGAGUACACCAACGCCGUUGAUGCCGCCAAGGCUUUCGAGGCCAAGAAGGGUGCUGAGAUCGACGGACGUGUCAUCAACCUGGACUAUGCCACUGGCCGUCCCGCCAACAAGGACCAGCAGGGUGGUUUCAAGGACCGCGCCAACGCUCGUGCCCGUUCCUUCGGUGACCAGGCCAGCCCCGAGAGUGACACCCUCUUCGUCGGAAACCUUCCCUUCGACGCCAACGAGGACUCCGUCGGCGAGCUGUUCGGUGAGAAGGGUAGCAUCCUCGGUAUCCGUCUGCCCACCGACCCCGACUCUGGCCGCCCCAAGGGUUUCGGCUACGUCCAGUACUCCUCCGUCGACGAGGCCCGCGCUGCCUUCAACGAGCUCCAGGGUGCUGACCUGCUCGGACGCCCGGUGCGUCUGGACUUCAGCACUCCCCGUGCCAACAACGGCGGCGGCGGUGGUGGUCGCGGUGGUGGCCGUGGCGGCUUCGGCGGUCGUGGCGGUGGUCGUGGCGGUUUCGGUGACCGUGGUGGCCGUGGCCGUGGUGGCUUCGGUGGCCGCGGUGGUGGUGCCCCCAACAAGGCUCGCGGUGGUAUCCCCGAGUACAAGGGCACCAAGGUCACUUUCUAA